UUCAUGUAUCUAGACGAAAAGGUAGCGGUGUUUAACAAGUCACAACCAGAGGCGAUGGAGGCUUUCCAAACUCCCGGCAAGCACACGUUCUUCUUCUGCCAUCGUCUACCGAGGAACCUUCCGGGAAGCUUCAGUUACUCUGCAGCCGACCACGACGCGAGCAUUUCCUACUCUAUUUACGCUGUGUUGAAGACACCGAAGAGGUUCGGCUGCAAGCAGACGAUCACCAGGGCAGAGGUAACAAUACUGAAGACACAGAGCGAUUACGACGAGGAUUUCGACUGUGAAGAUAUUACCUCUGAUGGGCAUGGCGGCUGCACAUACACGUACAUUCCUCUACACCUGCUUGAGCGUAACAACGGACACAGGAAGCUAGAAAGAGUGGCCGCGCAGCUACCGUCCAGCGAUAACGCAGCCAGAUUGAUGAGAUCUUCAUCGCAGUCCAGUAGCGACAGCUUGAGCGAUAGUGAUACCGAAUCUACCGGGUCUAGCGACAGCGAGCUGAGUAGUUCCGACGAUUCCGACAGCGACGUCGUGUCGCUUGGUUCGCUGGGUAGCGAUGAGACGUACGAUGUCACCGCUUGUGUCCAGCAAAUGAACAUGUCAUCUGAUAGACCUGGCAAUAGUUCGCUAUUUAAAACUGUCAUUGUAAUCUGAAUAUUUCGCAUGCGAUUCAUUUCAGCUUGCGAUAAUAUCGCUAGCACAGUUAACGAUACUUAUGUGCGAGACUUGAUAUCAUUGUUAUUAUUUAUAGUAGACAUCAUGUCGUGUUGUAGGUAUUCAUACCGUGAUAGUCCAGAAGCUUAAUUUGUCGACGGUUGACUUGCUCGAUUUAUUGAGGUCAAAUUGUAUAUGAUGAAAUACACCGAUAUGUAAAUAAUUUUAUGUAUAAUACCAUGUAUAUGAAUUAAACUCUGAUUACUUAA